AUGCCACGUACACCCACCAACACGCUCGUGCAGACCGCCAGCGUCCCCAACGCCAGGACCAUCUUCCCGCAGUCCGACAUAUCAAUUGUGCCUUACCCCCCAGACAACCCCAGCCUCGCAUUCAUCUCCACAUCAUUCCAGGUCCCGCGCCGCCCGACAUCAUCGCAAAUGUACUCCAUCCCGCAAGGCUUCGGCCAGCAGGCGAAACUCGCAUUGUCGAACCUGGAAACAGCCCUAGCCCUAGGCGGCGCGAAGCCGCGCGACGUCACGAAGCUGACUAUCUCUUUAGCGGAGGAUUGCAAGAAGCAGGACACCACGACCCAGCUUCGAGAUGCGAUUACGAGGUUUUUUACUGAUGCUAGCGGGAAGCGGCAUAGUCCGGCUAUUGUCAUCUAUAAUCACCAGUAUAUCCAUGAUGGGUUUGCGAAGAUUCAGGUGCAGGCUGAGGCGGUUGUGAGGGUUGCUGCGUCGGAGCAGGAGCCGGAGCACGUUGGUGGUGGGACUGAGACUGCGAGGUUGCCGACUUAUGAUGAGAUUUGGUGA